AUGAUCCCAUCAGUUCAACCAGGGAGCAGCCACUCAGCCUCUCACACUGUUGUUGAUGGGCCCAGCAGUAGUGUCAUUUUGCAAACUCUAUCCGAAGUGUCUCUUGAUGAGCUUAUCAUGUUGCUAUCACCUUCACAGACAAAAAAACUCAAGGUGUAUGUAAACCAAGUCACUGAGGAGACUGGUUGCCCACAGGAGGUUUUACACAAAUUCAUUGAUGCCAGAAGCAUCUUUCACAUGCUCAUUGACCUGAAAGCCACCUUAUAUAAGAGGAACAAAGAUCAAGAAAAAACCACUCUCCUUGAGUUGAAAGAACUAAUUGAUUCCAAGGAUUUCAAGUCUGUGCUUCAGAGCUGCUUGACAGCAUGUCUCCUGUCACCAAACAUUACCACUUAUGUCACUGACAUGCACACAAACAUCAUGAAUUUUACCAAGAAUCAUCAUGAGGUAUUCAAAUUACCAACUGCACUAAUUCAAGAUGUCGAGCUUUUGGCACAGCUCUUGAAGAUGGUCAGUGAAUUGCUCUCUUCUAUCUGUGGCAAUCUCAAGCCAAGGUUUUUAUUUCAUUGGUCCAUGUGGGCCAUCAUGACAUUGACCAUCUUUAAGUUGGUCACAUCGAUCAUCAAGCACAUGAGCAUCAUGGACCUAGCUAAAUCACUUGCUCACAGUAUAAUUGAGGUGGAAGCUUGUCAUUGGAACAGAUACACAUUUUUACAGUGCUGCUUGCAAAUCUUCCUUAUUGGAGUCAGUGACUACAAAGCUAUCUCACUCAAGGACCUUUACUCAAACUCACUCAUUCCUUCUCUUCAUGGAGACCUCCACACUAAAAUUGCAAUGGCACUCAAUUGUGAAGCAGGCAUGGAAGCAGACAAGAAUGACAAGCAGCACACAAAUCAUGCCAAAGAUGACAUGGACUAUACAAAUGACCAAUGUCCCAAAGGAGAACCUGGAGUGAGAAAUGAUGCUAGUGAUGAUGGUGACCUUGGAGGGGGAGAGCACAUGAUGGACAAUGGAGAGGAAGAUCAAUUUCACAAGAAUCAGGAUGAAGAAACCACCUGUUAA